CAUUUUUGGUACUCCAUGCCUCAUUUUUGGUUAAGUUGCUCUUUAAAGCCGGUGAGCGGAGUGAAGGCGGGGUUGAAGUGCGUGGGGAGCUUGGUGAAGGUUGGUGAGAAGGGGAAUUGGGCUCAGGUUUCGGCGGUUUAUGGGGUUGUUCUUGGGUUUGUUACAGAUCCGAGGCCCAAGGUGAGGAAACAAUCUCAUGCAUGUCUGUAUGAUCUCCUACAAAGCUUUCGAGGAUCUUCGGCUAUAGUGUUUGCGAGUGAAGGGGUUACGAACCUUUUUGAGAGAUUCCUUUUGCUUGCUGGUGGAUCGGACUCUAGUGCUUUGGAUGCAGCUGGAGGACCAAGAGGAGCUAUGGAGGUCCUGACAGUCCUGUAUAUUCUAAAUGCAAUAAAGGAUUGUCUUCCUCUUAUGUCAAUCAAAUAUGCAACAAAUAUCAUGAAAUAUUGCAAGUCACUAGUAAAUCUACGUCAACCAAUCCUCACAAGGACCGUAAUGGAGAUUUUGCAGUCUUUUUGCUCCAGUCCAACUGCAGAAGUUGCAGCAGAGGUGUUAUUAUAUCUUUUAUGCACACUAGCAAUAUAUGUUGCUGAAAAGAGCUUAGUAGCAGAUGAGAUGGCAUCUACUGCACGGUUGUUGCAUAUCGGCAUGAAAAAAGUGCACAGUCUAAACAGGGAAAUAUGCAUUGUGAAGCUCCCUCUCAUAUUUAAUAGUCUUGGAGAUGUCUUAACCAGCGAGCAUGAGGAAGCUAUAUUUGCUGCUGCCGAGGCAUUUAAAGGUUUGAUAUCUUCUUGUGUGGAUGAAGGCUUGGUGAAGCAGGGGUUCGACCAAAUCACACUCAAUGCUGGAGGAGGAAUAAGAAAGUCCGGAAUAAGAAAGUCCGGUCCAACAAUUAUUGAAAGAAUAUGCUCCACUAUGGAAGGCCUCCUUGGUUAUAAAUAUAAUGCAGUCUGGGAUAUGUCAUUUCAAGUCCUUUCAGCAGCAUUUUAUCAACUAGGGAAUUUUUCAUCAAGUCUUAUGGCUGGGACAGUUAGGAGCCUAGCAAAUUUGGAGAGUUUACCAGAUGAAGUUCUUCCAUUCAGAAAGCGGGUUGCUGGAGGUUUGGCUGGUGAAAAGCCACACAUGAUCAGUGCGGCUGUCAAAGGGUUAGCUCGGUUGGUUUAUGAGUUCUCAGAUCUCGUCGGUGCAGCUUAUAGCUUGCUUCCAUCUUCAUUUCUUCUCCUCCAAAGAAAAAAUCGAGAAAUAAUCAAAGCAAAUUUGGGAUUGAUCAAGGUACUAGUAGCAAAAUCCAAGUCGGAGGGACUACAAAUGCACUUAAGGACAAUGGUCGAAGGGUUGUUGAAAUGGCAAGAUAAUACUAAAAAUCAUUUUAAAGCUAAGGUCAAAGUACUUCUUGAAAUGCUUGUGAGAAAAUGCGGUGUAGAUGCUGUUAGAACAGUGAUGCCUGAGGAGCAUAUGAAACUCCUUACAAACAUAAGAAAGAUCAAAGAGCGGAAAGAAAGAAAAGCAAAAUCUGAUGAGGAUUCAGAAUCAAUUCAUACUAAAACAAGUAUUUCCAGGUAUGAAAUGUUGUCAAUGUGUGAGGCGCAAAGCGGGGCACAAAUCAUCUCUGAGAUAUUUCUAAGCAUUCUACCACUUAAUGUGGAUGCUGAAAACAUCUCUGAUGCUAAUGUCUGGCUGCUUCCUAUAUUGAAGCAAUAUACUGUUGGUGCCCAUCUAAAGUUUUUUUCGCAUAAUAUUUUGGACAUGAUCAAAGUCCUACAGCAAAAAUCGCACAAGCUUGAGGCAGAGGGCCGCACAUUUUCAGCUAAGAGUGCAGAAGGCCUUGUUUAUCAAUUGUGGUCUUUGUUGCCAGCCUUUUGUAACUAUCCUGUUGAUACUUCCACUAGUUUCAAAGAUCUUCAGAAAGUUAUAUGCCUCACACUUCCUCGGGAGUCUGAGUUGCAUGGUAUUAUGUGUUCCAGCCUUCAGAUUCUGAUUGGACAGAACAAGAGCGUACUCGAGGAAGGCUCUAUCACGUUGGAUGAUAAGCUGUCUGAUCAAGAAAGGAAGGCAAAGGAACAUUACACACAAGCAGUUGCAGAAGAAAAUCUGAAAGCUAUACGCUCAUCAUCGUCCAAGAUGUUGUCUGUUCUAUCUGAUACUUUCUUGAACUCUUCGAAAGACAAUGGUGGUUGUUUGCAGUCCACCAUUCGCGAGUUCGCUUCAAUAUCAGACAAAAUUAUAGUGAAGAAUUUCUUCAAGAAAGUCAUGAUUAAACUUCUGCGUGCGACUGAGAAAGCAAGCAAAGGAAAACAGCUUGAAAGUUCUAGUGACACGCAAAUUGAUGAAUCAUCAAAUGCGGCAUCUCUUUUGCAUGCAAGGGCCCUCCUUUUGGAUUUAGCAGUUUGCCUCCUGCCUGGUGUAGAUAAGGAAGAGAUAGACUUAUUAUUUACUGCCAUUAGAUCUCCGUUGCAGGAUAAAGAAGGUUCAAUGCAGAAAAAAGCAUACAAAACACUGGCGACCAUACUCAAGGAAUCUGAUGAAUUUCUUUCAAGUAAAGUGGAUGAACUAAUUCCUUUGCUGUUGGAAGCCACCGAUUCAUGUCACUUCUCAGCCAAACGCCACAGACUUGACAGUUUAUAUUACUUGAUUGUCUAUGUUUCAAAGGACACAUCGGAGCAAAGGAAGACGGAGAGCAUCAUUGCAUUUCUUACUGAAAUAAUCCUUGCAUUAAAAGAGGUUAAUAGAAAAACAAGAAACAGGGCUUAUGAUUUGCUUGUUGAGAUUGGCCAUGCAUGUGGAGAUGAAGACCAGGGCGGGAAAAAGGAAAACCUAUUUGAGUUUUUUAAAAUGGUUGCUGGAGGUUUGGCUGGUGAAAAGCCACACAUGAUCAGUGCAGCUGUCAAAGGGUUAGCUCGGUUGGUUUAUGAGUUCUCAGAUCUCGUUGGUGCAGCUUAUAGCUUGCUUCCAUCUUCAUUUCUUCUCCUCCAAAGGAAAAAUCGAGAAAUAAUCAAAGCAAAUUUGGGAUUGAUCAAGGUACUAGUAGCAAAAUCCAAGUCGGAGGGACUGCAAAUGCAUUUAAGGACAAUGGUCGAAGGGUUGUUGAAAUGGCAAGAUAAUACUAAAAAUCACUUUAAAGCUAAGGUCAAAUUACUUCUUGAAAUGCUUGUGAGAAAAUGCGGUGUAGAUGCUGUUAGAGCAGUGAUGCCUGAGGAGCAUAUGAAACUCCUUACAAACAUAAGAAAGAUCAAAGAGCGGAAAGAAAGAAAAGCAAAAUCUGAUGAGGAUUCAGAAUCAAUUCAUACUAAAACAAGUAUUUCCAGGCAAAGCAGAUGGAAUCACACUCGCAUUUUUUCAGAUUUAGGAGAUGACGGCAUGGAUGAUGAUAGUGAUGCUGAAAAUGCAGGAGCAAAGACAGUGGUUGAGCGCCAUACCAAAGCUGCCUCAAGAGCUUCCUUGAGGUCAAUCUGGAAGCUUCAGGCAGCUAAGAGCCUGCCCGAAGACCUGCUCGAUCAAAUGGAAGAUGACCCUCUCGACUUGCUAGAUCGACACAGAACAAGAUCAGCACUUCAAUCCUCAACCCGAGUCAAAAGAAAAACAGAAUGUCAGGAUGAGCCCGAGCUUGACCCUGAUGGUCGCCUAGUUGUAAAAGAAGACGGCAGUUAUCUAAGAAAACCAAAGAGUCACCAAGAUCAUGACCAAGACACAAGAAGCCAAACUGGAAGUCGUUAUUCUGUAAAAUCUUCAGCCAAAGCUCAGAAGAAGCGCCAAAAGACAUCAGAAUCUGGAUGGGCUUAUACUGGCAACGAGUAUACUAAUAAAAAGUCGAGUGGUGAUGUUAAGAAGAAGGAUAAGCUUGAUCCUUAUGCGUAUUGGCCUUUGGAUAGGAAGUUGUUGAAUCGAAGAGCAGAGCGAAAGGCUUCUGCUCGUAAAGGAAUGGCGAGUGUGAUGAAGUUUACGAAGAAGUUUGAAGGGAAGAGUGCCUCUGCUGCUCUCUCUGCUAAAGGAGUGAACCUAAAGAAGAAAAAGAGAGGAAACAAGUAGUUGAGAUGGGCAUUAAUUUGUUGUACAUCAGUUCUUUCUGUGAUGCAGGAAAUUUGGUGAUUUGACAAUGUGUAGCGUGUAACUUGAGUUUUCGGACACUGAGUUUUUUGGGCUUUGCAUGUUUUUCAGAGAAAUUUCCUACAAUAUUUUUGUAGCUGUGGUCUUCAAGAGGCUUCACAUAUUUAUCAUACUUUUGCCAUGCAUCAUCUUACUGGGUGCUGAGAGUGGCUAGAGAGAUCUUUGUAUGAGAAGAGAUUUGAAAUAUAGAUUAUUUCUACUAUGAAUCGCAUUUUGUCUGCCAACAUGGUAGUUA